AUGGAUGCCAUGGAAGUUGCCACCAUGGCAGCACCUUUGGUGUCCUCGACAUCCUCUGUGCACCCUGGUCGCUGGCGCAGAGGAACCACCUUAACUAGAAGCAGCCCGGUCACGUCCUUUGGGCAGAGGUCCGCAGAGUCAGCCUCUUCAACUUGGCACACAGGCUGUUUGGCUUCGACUGCCAUCGUCGGCCUGGCAGCCUCCAGGCCGGCCCGACGAAGGCUGCAGAGCAGACAGCUGCGGCAGACUUGCAGGGCUGCAGACUCGCCUGUCGUGCUACAGGUCAAGGAAGUCGAAGCCAAAAGCACGGAUGAGGACGAGAAGCAGAUCCUGAAGGGGCUCAACCUUACGAUAAGGGCGGGCGAGGUCCAUGCUGUCAUGGGACCGAACGGCUCUGGAAAGAGCACGCUGGCUAAAGUUCUCAUAGGGGACUCGGCUUAUGAGGUCACCAAGGGCAGUGCCAAGUUAGGCGAGACCGACCUGCUGGAGAUGGAACCUCAUGCGGGUUCCACAGCUGCUCAGAACGAGCGCUGGAAGGGCUGUUCCUCGCUUUCCAGUCACCUCCGGCCGUUGGAGGAGAAAGGUCCUCAGACUUGCUUUGAGUUCUUCGUCUACGCAAGCAUCAAGACAUCCAGCUGUCGUCAGCAAUUUGGAUUUCCUCAGAGCAGCAUACAAUGCACAGAGGCGCGCACCGGCCUCAGAGGAACAGCAAGCACAGCCCACUUGCAAACAAGUCAUGCACUCAUAGUCAAUAUUGUUGCGGCCGUGCGGAUGUCACUCUCAGCAUCUUUGCAGGUUCCUGGAUCUGAAGCAGAUGAGGGCCUCUCAAAGUCGGGCGCGCUCGAGACUUUGAGAAAGUUCGAUGUGUACAACAAGGUCCAUGAAGAUUACAUGCAGAAGCGACAGCUGGGGGGUGCUGUAACCCUCGUGACGUCUGCAAUACUGGCAGUGCUGGUCUACUGUGAGGUCUGCGAAUUCUUUAGUGUUGAGGUGCUCCACAGCAUCACUGUCGACACGAACAUCGACAGGAAGCUUCCCAUAUCCUUGGACAUCACUUUUCCGCAUCUGCGAUGCUCCGAGGUGUCCGUUGACACGGUGGAUUCUGCUGGCGAUACGCAGGUAGAUGCCCACGGUGGCCUCGACAUGCACAACCUCGAUGCUGCUGGCAAGAUAUCCACAGGUGAUCCAGUGGCCAGCAAAGGUGAUUGUUGGCCGUGCUUAGAAGCCGAGGAUACGCAGCACAAGUGCUGCAAUAGUUGCCAAGAGCUCAAAGAUGCGUACAACGACAAGGGGCUGCCAUACUUCCACGUGUUGGACACAGCAAUGCAAUGCAAGAGCUCCAUUGGGUGCCGAAUAAAAGGCAAAGUUGUUGUGAACAAGGUCAGUGGCAAUAUCCAUGUGGCCUUGGGGAAGUCUGUGCGGCGAGAUGGCAAGCUAGUACAUGAAUUCAACAUUGAAGACAUCGGCGAUGGUUUCAACACCUCGCACCACAUUCAUUCAAUCACAUUUGGAGAAUAUGUUUACGGACUUCAGUCUCCACUUGAAGGCAUCCGAAAAAUUGCCGGCGCUGGCUCUUGGAUGUAUCACUACUAUGUCAAGCUCGUGCCAACGGUGUACAUCAGCCGUUGGGGUACGACCACAUACACAAACCAGUAUUCCGUCACGGACAGUGCUCGUAACGUUCAAGUUCGAGAAGGGGAGCUGUCCGGGUUGCCGGGGGUCUUCCUGGUCUACGACUUCAGCCCUUUCCUCAUGCAGCAGACGGAGCAGGUGAAGCCCUGGUCUUACGUGUUCACCUCUAUGUGUGCCAUCGUGGGUGGUGCUUUCUCAGUUGCAACUCUCGUAGAAAUGGCUCUGAGUGGCGCAAGAGAGGAGCCAGAGUUGGACGUCAUCGAGUUCUACGGACUUGUGACUCAGAAGUUACAGGACCUGAAGAUAAAUCCCGACUUCCUCAAUCGAAACGUGAAUGAAGGCUUCAGCGGAGGAGAGCGAAAGAGGAACGAGAUGCUGCAGAUGGCUGUUCUGCAGCCCAAGCUAGCCAUCCUCGAUGAGAUUGAUUCGGGACUCGACAUAGAUGCUCUCAAGGAUGUGGCUGAAGCCAUCCGAAGUGUCCGCGAGCAAGAUCCUAACAGGGCCAUGCUCGUCGUGACGCACUUCGAGAGGUUUCUCCGUUACGUUGAGGCCGACCAUGUGCACGUGAUGUAUCAGGGGCGCAUCCUCAAGAGUGGAGGCAAAGAGCUCGCUGACAAGCUUGACGAGGAGGGGUACGACUGGGUGCUGAAAGAAGCCAAGUAG